UCCUCCAGUACACCUCUGCUCCGUCGCUUCCCAACACUCUUCACACUCUCUCUAGAGUCGUAGACUCUAAACCCUAAAGUCUUAUCUUUUUCUCUGCCUUUACAUUUUAUGCUCUGUUGGUCUCUUUUCCAUUUUCUCUCUCUUUCACUGCACAAACUUUCUAAUCAGCAGAAAAGAUAAUCAGGAAAGAAAAAUAAAAAGAGAGGAAAUAUUUGGUCUGAGCAGAGCCGCCAUGAAAGUACCAGAAACCGACCCGAUUUCUUUUUCGAAUCAUCUUUUGGCUUCCCUUUCGGAACAAAUCCGAAACAUCAACAAUUUCAAAGGCAAAUGGGCUUUGAUCAAAUCCAAGCUUUCUGGUCUCCAGGCUCAACUCGCUGACUUCUCCGACUGUCCCGCUUCUUCCUCUAACCCUCUCGCCGUCGACCUACUUUAUUCCAUCACCCAAACCUUGAACGACGCCACCUCGCUUUCCCAGAAAUGUCAGCUCGCCGAUUUGACUGAGGGAAAACUCAAGACCCAGAGCGACAUCGACGCCGUUUUGGCUAAACUAGAUCGACACAUCAAAGAUAGCGAGAUUUUGAUUCGGAGUGGAGUCCUACAAGACGGCACCGUCUCAACUUCUUCGUCAAAGAAAGAAACAGUACGAGUCGAGUCUAGAAACUUGAUUACUCGUUUACAAAUCGGAACCACCGAGUCUAAAAACUCGGCCAUGGACUUGCUUUUAGGAUUACUCCAAGAGGACGACAAAAACGUGAUGAUAGCCGUGGCGCAGGGGGUGGUUCCCGUGCUCGUGCGCUUACUGGAUACGAGCUCUUUAGAAAUGAAAGAAAAGACUGUUGCCGCUAUCUCGAGGGUGUCAACGGUGGAGUCAAGCAAACACGUGUUGAUCGCUGAAGGGCUGUUGCUUUUGAACCAUCUGCUUCGCGUUCUUGAAUCCGGAAGCGGUUUCGCAAAGGAAAAAGCUUGCAUUGCUUUACAAGCUUUAAGUUUUUCAAAAGAAAACGCCAGAGCAAUUGGUUCCAGAGGUGGGAUUUCGUCUCUCUUAGAGAUUUGCCAAGCUGGCACUCCGGGAUCUCAAGCUUUUGCAGCCGGGGUUUUGAAAAACUUAGCUUCUGUUGAUGAAAUUAAAGAGAAUUUUAUUGAAGAAAACGCGGUGUUUGUUUUAAUCGGGCUUGCAGCUUCAGGGACUGCCUUAGCACAAGAAAAUUCGAUUGGGUGUUUGUGUAAUUUGGUUUCUGAUGAUGAAAAUUUGAAGCUUUUGAUCGUUAAGGAAGGUGGGAUUGAAUGUUUGAAGAAUUUCUGGGAUUCAUCUCCAAACCCAAAAAGUCUUGAAGUUGCUGUCGAGUUAGUUAGGCACUUAGCUUCUUGUUCCCCUAUAGCAGAAGCUCUGGUUGCUGAUGGUUUCGUUGCCCGGCUCGUGGCUGUUUUGAACUGUGGGGUUUUAGGGGUAAGAAUUGCGGCUGCUAGAUCUGUUUAUGAGCUUGGCUUUAACUCGAAAUCAAGGAAAGAAAUGGGUGAAUGUGGUUGUACCGUGGCAUUGAUUAAAAUGAUGGACGGCAAGGCUGUUGAAGAAAAAGAAGCUGCUGCAAUGGCACUGUCCACGCUUAUGUUGUACGCCGGUAACAGAAAGGUUUUUCGAAAAGAUGAAAGAGGAAUUGUAAAUGCGGUGCAGUUGUUGGAUCCUUUGAUACAGAAUUUGGAUAAAAAAUACCCUGUUUUGAUCUUGUCAGAGCUUGUACAUUCCAAGAAAUGUAGGAAGCAAAUGGUUGCCGCUGGUGCUUGUGUGUACUUGCAGAAACUUGUUGAGAUGAAUGUUGAAGGGGCUAAGAAGCUAUUGGAGAGUCUUAGUAGGGGUAAGAUUUGGGGUGUUUUCGCCAGACCAUAGCAACGGAAGAUAUCUGCAAAAUGAGGGCAUUUAACUGUAUGUACAAUAGUUGUGUUUUUACUUUGAUUUCUUGUUUUUUUUCUUUAGUGUUCUUGUUCAUAGUGGAUGUUGAUUUGUUUAGAGUUAGAGUAUAUCUUUAGUGUAAUUGCUGGUGGAGAAAACUUUCUUUUUAGUGUAGAGACAUAAUCUUGGUUUGGUGACCUAUUUAGAGCGGUGUUCAAUUUUUAUUACCCGAAAUUCAAUGAUUUCGCAUUUUGCAGCUCUGUCAUGUAUGAACUCAUGGUUCUGUUUUUACAAUUUUCUGGAGUUUUUAUUGACUUCACAAAGAGGUUGUUGA